AUGUGGGGAUUAUCAUUGCCACAUACGAAGGACGAACAUUUCCGCUAUAUACGAGAAGGCUUCUCAAACAAAUGGAAUCCACUAGUUGAGGAAACAUUUUGUACCAUCCUCCUACAUUAUAUCCAGUCAGAAGGGUUAAACAUGGAGUUUGACGUUUAUAUGGCAUUUGAUAGAAUCUACCAAACUUGCUUGGCUGAAAUUGGUCAAAAUUUGACUUUGCAAGAAUGCUAUACCACAUUCAUGGUAUUGAAAGAAAGGUAUCGAACUUUUAAAUAUUUUAUGAAACAUCCAUUGGGUGUUUUCGACAUACAUGCAAAGACUAUUUAUCUUGAGGAGGACGAUCGUGAGGAAGCACUUGAGAUUUGGCCAUUAGCCGAACAUUAUUGCAGCAGAAAUCCGGAGCCUUUGUGGGAAACGUUGAAAAUAAUUUUCGAACCCCUACGACUUGAGCCAUAUCCUGGUGAAAUAUUAGCGAGACAUGAACGUAACACUCGCAAAUUGAACCAAGUCGUUAACGAGUACUGGGCGGAAGAACGACGUAUGGCAGCGCGAAGAAGUAGGAGAGGAAAUUGA